GUCUUCAACGAUAGACCUACGCGUGACGUCAUCGCCGACGAGAGGUGUUCAGGAUCCUCGGAGAGACAGAUCCCGCGCGCCCGGGCAACCUGAUAAACCCAGGUAAACGCUGUUGUUUCGGCUCUAUUCUGUCAGUCAUAUCGUCUCAGUAUACAUCGAGAGGAGAUGGCAGGAAAACGGUUUCAGCCGUGUGAAUCUUAAUGUGUAUCGCUGACGGCCGGCAACCACAGAGACCGCUCACUUGCUCGACGGCCUGUUCUGGCUAACGAGCUUGCUAGCUCAGGCUAGUAGGUAGUUGUCUAUCAAAGACACAAUAAACACUCCCUCAUUGUGUGUCUCUGUAGUAUUCCUCGUCAGUCUCAUCCAAUAUUUGCCACACAUACGCUUUAAAUAGCCGUUAAAAUGCUGCUACCAACACCGUGUAAGGCAUCUAUUGCUAGUUUGCCCGUCGACUGUCUUGUGUUUUGGGAGACGGUGACGCCGUCACCGUGAUGAUGGCGCACACUCAGACUGGCUAUUUGACCAGAAUGCAGUCAAAGACUCAAAUAACACGAAAGAACCAAAUGUUCACCUUAAGAAAGCUUGCAAUGGUGUGGGUAAUAUGCAGUUUGUACACUUCUAUGACUGUACUUUCGUUGUACAGCGUACACAGAAAUGACGUCCAUUUCGAAACCAAGCAAUAAUCUAUGCCCCGUGGCCUAACGUCAGGAUCUUGGCUCCUCGACGAUGGUCGCUCGCCAGCAGUCCUUACUUUGCAGUUUGUCGUUUGAUCUUCCAUAUCGGGUUAUGGCUCUCAACGCUGGCAGACGUGUUUCGGUCUGUCGUGUUAGUAUAGCCGGGUAAUAUAGACACAAAGCAUUGGCAUCCAGUCGACUGGUGUGUUUAGACAGACCACUCAUGCAUAGGCCCCGUUACCUAGCAUACAGUCUCUGCUGGUAUCACCUGUAAGAGUAGCACAUGAUUUUACAGGCGUGAAACUUGUAGAUUUGAGUCUUGCUGUUCCCCGAAUUCACGUGUGUAACAACAUAGAGACAUGUCUAGUGUCACUUAGUAUUCUUCCUGCAGUCACAUGCUUGCUUGGAUAUGGACUUCUGCCUCAAGGUGCUCAAAGGCUGACGCUGUUAGAACCUUUAAUUCUAAUGCCAUCUGUGCUGGUUCAUGUUUUUCUGCAGACUUGUAAAUGUUGGGAAUGAAUGGAGAGUCAUGAAGUAGUUUGUUAUGUUGUGUUGAUGGUUGGGUAUGCAGAAAUCACUGCAUUAUAGUGUGGAAAGUAUGGAAAUUUAUUAAUUUUGAUGACGAUGUCAAAUGACACGCAUUUACAUGUUAAGCAGUGAACAAAACAAUCUCAUAAAACGAAGUUGGUGAUAACAGUAUUAGAGAUGCAAGUGUCUUUUGAAACUAUGUUUGCAAAUACACUUAACUGACUCCAAUUGUGAGUCCGAGUGCCAAGUAACAGGUAGAGUUACCUGGACAUAGACAAUCAUAAAGCCAUCUUCAAAAUACUGAUGUGUAUCAAUUUUCCACUUUUACAUUUUAAAGUAAUGAUUACCCAAACCAUUCUAGUGUUAAGAAAUCCCAGCACCAAAACCUGCAUGUGCACAUAGUUUUCCAGCUGUUUUGAUCACUAACACUUAAUGUGGAGAAUUGGGACUCACUGGUACAUAGCUUGUUUUCAGACACUAACUACCUCAUUUGAGAGAAUUGGCAUGACAGCCAAAAUUUUGUUAUUCACAGGUUGCAGUAACAGAGAUACAGAUUCCUGUGUAUUGCACCAGUUUGAUAGCAGCAAGCCCACAAAGUCAGUGUUUUGGUCUUCUGUAAAUUAAAGAAAAUGAAAGAAUGUAAUUGAUUGUUCCAGGCUUAAUGAUAGCCCUAUAUGUUUGCAAUGGUGCUAUCUGUCUGUCUGUCUAUCUGUCUAAUCUAAUCGAAUGCUAUAAAAUGUGUAGUGGUGGUUAGGGAUGGGAAUUGAUAAGAUUUUAUCGAUAUUGAUGCCAUUACGGAUUCUGCUUUUUGAUUAAAUUCUUCAACGAUUCCCUUAUCAAUGCCUUUCUUUGAUUAAAAAAAAAAAAGAGUAUAGGAUAUCAACAUUAACUAAAAUUUUUAUUGAGUCUCUGAUAACAGAAGAAGAUGUAUGCCACCUUCAGUGAGAGUCUAAAAAAUAAUCAAAUGACAAACUAUUUGUACAGCAAUUAAUUUGGUUGGUAUAAAUUAAAAUACAUAAUACUACUUGAGAAACGUUGAAUGUCACGCUGUCGUCGUCUUUCUUGGUAAAAUGAAGCCACGCUUUAGAUCGUUUCUGCCUACUUUUCGUACCGUCCGCCAUGUUUUUUUUUCUCAGCCUGUGUUCUCGUUCACGUAGACUGGCUCUCGUGAGAUCGUUUUCCAAGUCACCUGAAAGAAAGGAAUCUUUAAAGGAAUUGUUGAGAUAAAAUGAAAAGGAUGUAGAUGGAUUGAACCAUUUGGAACCAGUUCUCAACAAGAAUCGGUUCUCGAUUCCCAUCCCUAGUGGUGGUGGGCAUUUUCAGUAAUCCCCAUGCUUGAUUAAUUUAAUUACUUUUUCAAUGAGUAAUCAAGUACUCAAAUUUUUCACCAGUCAGCAAAGUUUUUUGUGGUAUGCUGUUGAUCAGUACUGUGUGUCUGAAGGACAGCGGUCUUCAAUUCCCAGUUGUGAAUGAAAUUACAAGUGAUUGCAACACUCACUUCGGUAGUGAAACCUGUCUGUGCCUUUAACUCUGCAGCGCUUUCGUCAUGUAUUUUCCCACUCUCGUCUUGUAGUAGUCGUCUGCUGUAAUGGUGGCUUGUACUCUGCUUCAACAAAUGCCAUUAACUCAUGGAAGCUGUCUGCUCCCACAAAACUUGAUGGUAGUAUGUCUCCAGUUACUGUCAUUAGUUGGCUAAUCUUCCCCAUUCUAGUAUUAUCCUCACAAUGGCGCCUGCCAACAGGGCUAGCAAAUGUUGUGUUGUAAGAAUGCCUAUCAAAUGUCCAUGCCAUCUCCUCCCAGUUCUUUAACCAUAUGUACUUAAGCAUUAAACUGGUAUUCCUGUGAUAAUUAGUUAAACAAUUCUCUUUUUGUCAAAAUACUUCCACGUGUCACUUUGUGUGUAAGCUAACUGAGGUGCAAUACUUAAUCUGAAUGCUUGAGUAGUGUUGUGGUACUUGAGUUAUCGAGCUAACGGUGAAUACUUGAUUACGUGAAUAUUUGUCCCCAUCUCUAAUGUACAGUAACAUAUAUUUAGUUCUUCUCUCUUCAUUUUCAGUUACUGUUUCUUAUUAGUAUUCAUGCUUUUUGAAAAAGGUUUCAGUAGGGCUGUAUAAGUACCUAAAAAGGCUCUUUUCAGCAUCUAUAAUUAUGGCUAAAAAAAGCUUUGAAGUAGUAAAAAAAAAAAAAAAAAAAAAAAAACAUUUUUUGUAAUGUAAAAAAUAGAACAAGAGCAACAUCCUUAUGAAAUAUCUCCUAUGUUGUUUCUGGCACCAGUAUCAGCAUCAGCCCAGGCUCCAAAUCAGUACAUCUCUUUUUUAACGCUAUCAUCUUUUGCCUUGUAUGUGUGUAUUAAUUUCCCUUACUGUUGUGUGAGUUUGUCCUUUUGAAAAUAUUCACCCUGAUUUAGUUUCCAUGGUAACAUCAUCCUUGGCCUAGUUGUGAAUGACCUCUGAAAGAAAAGAAGGGUUUGGUCAAGGAACAAAUGAGCAAGCAAACAUCUUGUCUGCUUCUUUGCAUGUAGUGUGCUUGAGUACCUAAAUGGUUCUUUUUGAUUAUGUAGUACUGUGGCUUGUUAAGACGUAAUAAAUGACAUUGAUCCUUUUACUUUUCUCCAUGUUCUUCUUUUGCUAUUUUUGUUCGCAAGGACAGAAAAUAAAGGAGCCCAUCAUCCAAUGAGCAUAAGCUCCAUUCAAGACCCAUGUUGAUCUAAAUUUUAUAUCUGUAGAAAUAUCCAGCCUUACAGCAUUGCGGGUUUCUGCUCUUUAUUCCUUCCAUCUAAAGCUCCUGCCUAAUAUUCAUUUUUAAGAAACAGCUUCCUAGUAUGUCAUUCGUGUUUCCUAAGCCAAAUAACUGUUUCAUGACACUCAUAAUUGCCAGUUCUUAGUGAUAAUAAAAAAUGCAAAAAGGAAAUUCCCCCUAAUUAACCGAGUGAGCUUUAUAUUUCUAAGUAUGUGCAGGUCUGUUUUUCUAAGUAAGUUUUAGUGUGGCGUACAUCGUAGGCCAUAGUGUAGAUCCGUGUAACCCGUGUCUCAGAAACCUACAGUACGUGUAUAGUGGACAUGCACAGCUAACUUGAACUUCAUUAGAAAGGUGCAGUCGAAAUAGCCCAGACCACAAACCCUGUGCUUGGUCUGCUUGACAGUUGAUAUAUCAGAGCUGUAUAUGAUGUAAUGAAAAGGAGAGCUGUGGUCUGAUGUUCAGGGGGAGGGAGGGUGUGCUUCAUUCGAUGUAUAAGAUGAUAUGGGGGCAACACAGCAGGCAGUACAACACUGUUCAAUAACGACUAUCAUAUUUUUAUGAUGUAGGGGGUGAAAGUUAUAACUGCAAUUGAAAUUAGAGAGCCCAAUAUAAUGCCAUUUUGACAUAACUGGUGUCAUAUUGGCGUAGGCGUUCACAAGACCAUUAUCACCAUUGCCUUCUAAAUGGAAAAAUAUGUUCAACAGCAUUUCAAAUUAAAGACUGGCUUGUGUUUGAGAUAAAUUCUAAUGAUUAUGAUGUAAGAAUAAAUGCAGUUUAAUAUAUAUUACCUGGUAUAUUAUUUUGUUUCUUACUUAUUUCAGGUUGUUGGGAAGAAAUCCAAAAGUCCCACGUGGCAAUAUUUUACUGAGCUAAAUAUAUUAAGGGCCCUGUCAAAUCCGUUUGAGACAAACUUUCAAACACAUGGGUGGAAAUAAUACCCUUUAGCAUCAGGCUCUGCCAUGUUUUGGAAGCUAAUUAUUGAACUGACACCCAUUCACUACCACUCACACUGAUACCCUGACGUGUUCCUGCUGUGUCACUGGGCAGUGGACCCAGAGCGCCAUCCCAGCAUGACAAGUAGUUUGCAGAAGAAGUGUAAUGUGUUUAGGUGAGUCAGUUUUUUUCUGUGAUGCAUUCAAGUGUGUCUGGCAGAACAUGGUUAUGGGGAAACAGGUAAACAAUACACAAUUCAACAAUUAGGAACGCUAAAAUCUGCUUCACGCUCUUCACCAUCAUCAAGGAAUCAGACCAUACUGUAGAGAUGAUUGACACUCUAGGGCGGCCGUCAGGUGUGACUUUCGCACGAUUAACUUGCUCUCUGUAUGACUGUGCUCCAUCAUGUCUCUGAUGUUACACAUUGCAGAUGCAAUAGGUAGUGAAAAUAUCCCGACUUGAAAUGGUAAAACCAGUAUGCAAGAGCCUACAGACACCAGCUCAUGAGACAAAGGAUCAGAUUAUGGAUUCAAGUAAUCUUGGGAAAUGUUAAUGAUCAUUUAUCGAUUACUUGUUGAAAAUAUUUAGAUUGUUAUCAUGACUGAAAAAACAGCACUAGAUGCAUUUUUCCUGAAGUCAUAUAUUUUCCACCACAUAGUAGUGGAUGUAGGUGACAGUAUUGCUAAGCUGCAGAACAUAAAGAGACCUUAAAAAUUGUUAACAUGCCAUCAACAUAUGGAAUAGUUCUUAAUUGUAAUCUCAGCGGACAUGCAGUUAUACAGAACGAAGCGCAAACUAAUGUGGAAUUGCUGCAACAAGACAACUUAACAGAGAAAUAAUUCUGACUGUCCAGUUUUCUGCUUGUUCUUAUUGAUUACUUAAGUUUGUCCACGUUAAGGCAUCAGUCAAGAGCACAACCAGGUUUUAAUCAGCUCAGUGACAGAGAACACAUCCAAAUACGUGCCAGCUCUGCUGAUCUUUGAAAUCUCAUUGCAUCGACUUUUUACCACUCCGUCAUCUUUGUAUCCAAAGAUGGAAAAAGAUCUGCGUGCAGUUUGCAAAAAGUUUGGCUAGCCUUCUGUUCUUUCCUGGCCUCUUGAUUUUUUUAUUUCAGCAUGUGAGAUGCACAGUCCCCCUGUGGUGGGAAGGGUCUAAUCUGUGAACAUGCAGGCCAGACUGAAUAAUGAGGUGUUCCACAGAUCUUAUACCUCUAAUCACUGAGCGACUGAAAGUUUUGACACAUAGUAAUACUCUCUCAAACUCAAAUCAAAAGUCACUGAAGUUGAGUUAGGCACAAACACACAGAAACCCUUUGUUGCACAAGACAUUGGAAGUUGCCUUGCUGUUGUAUUGACUGAAUACAACUAUCAUUUAACAGUUUAAUUGUGAGAAAAAGUCAUGAAAGUUCUGUUUGCACAGAUGAAGCAUACCAUCCUGGGUUGUCAGACAGUUGUUCUCUUCCCAGAUACAUUAAAUUGUAUGGAUUUGUGGUUGACUAAAUAGUUUUGCAAUGGUUGAUGCCACUUGUGAGAAAGCAGGUUGGCCAAUGGUUGAUAUAUUAUGCGGAUAUCAUAUUAUGUUUUUGUUUGUUCAUUUUGUGGGGUUGUUUGUGUCGCGCAUUUGACAAAUUAUAACAAUCUAAAAGUACCAAUAGAUUAAAAAAAGCCUCUAUUUUUGCGAAUAUUUAAUCAAAAUCUAAUAUACAGCCUGUAAUAUGUUUUUAGACUCAUUGUCAAUGAAUGCACAGAAAGACACGUAUAUUUGGUGAUGCUGUUGGUUCCCAAACACAGCUGAUAUUGCUGACAAAACUAAAUAUAACAAUACAAUAUUAAAAUUGUAGUUAAUGGCACUUCUGGAUUUAAUACCUUGAUAAGUCAAGACAAAGUCCUUAACUAGAUCUACCAAAAGGACUGCUGAACUGAUUUUGGUAAAUCUAGUAAAGUUGUCUGCUUAAAAAAUAAAUUGGGUUCAAAGUCUGGAGGACUGUUGAGUUUGUGUUUUGGCCGAUAUUAAGUUUUUAAUUUGUUUAUUUCAAAAUCCUGCAGCCUCUGUGUUUUGAAUUUGUUAAGCAUAAAUAAGAAUUUGUGGGGAAAAUGAGGAGAGGCUGAGGUGUAGAUAAGAAAGGCUUUAAAUUGGUGGGGGAAGGUACUUGCAAGAUCAAGCUGAGGGGAAGCGAGUCGGUGGGGGUGGGGCAUGAUGAAAUGGACAGAGGAGAAGACAAGAAGGGGGUGGGGUGAUAAAGGUGUAGAGAGGGAGAGGGAGAAGAGCAGGACCUCAAGCUAUUGAUGGGGAAAAAGAGGAGGGGUGGAAUGAGCAAGCGCGUAGGAGAAGGGAGGGAGGGUGUGUGGGCUGGAGCUCCCCUGAAUGAGGAAGCAGUAGAGCCAUUUUUUACUGUUGAGUAACUGCAUGCUGGUCUAGAGAGAGGGUGAGAGGAGGAAUUAAACGCUCCUCUCGGAUCUUAUCGGAGCCUUCUCUCCCCUCUCUCCUCUUUUCUUCUUCUCCUUAUUCACCUCUUUUUUUGCGGCUGGUGAUCAUUUAAGUUUGGGAGGCCUUGGGAAGGACAUACAAUGAAGCGAAGAGUCUGUGGCAACUGGGCCGUUGUACUGCUGAGAGGGGGAUGGGGCAGAGAGAGGACCGGUUCACACAGCUAACACAGCCUGCCGGCUGAAGGCUUCCUCAGCCUUUUCUACCCGCCUGGACCCGCAGUUCCUAAACUCAGGCUUUUCUACACACGGCCACUCCGAAAAUCUACUUGGGAUACUCUAAGGAUUACUCACUGGGUUCCGUGGGAUUUGAGGAUACAUGUUGGAGCCUGAACAACAAAUCAGCCCUGCAUUUUGGAUAAAUGAAAAAGGAAAACGAAACCUCUGUGUAAUUCUUUAGUGCCUUUUUUGGUUUCUGUUCAGUGGAGAUCACAAAUGGAUUACAAGAUGCAUGCGAAGUCAAAUGAUUUGCUGGAUUUUCAAAAACUGGAUGCUCUUCUGGAAAAAAUUGCACAUUCGGUCUCUGUGAAAAGGUAUGUCAUCCUCGGGACAAACCUCUACAAAGUUUUGAGAAAUUCAAGUGACAUCUACUUUAUAAUCUUUUACAUGUAUGCCAAUAUUGAGUGAUAAAUCUAUAUGGUCCACACAUUUAGGGGAAGGUUUUUGUGAGAGAUGGCCUGAAAUUAUAUUCUUGGGUUUAUCAUGUGGUUGGCAUCAUCUCUAGUUUUACAUGGUAAAAUGACCAUCCAGUUCAGUUGCCUACUACAUUGUGUUGAUAGUAGUAUUUCUAUCCAGUUUUCAGUCACAAGCAAUACUUUCACCUCCUGAUGAGAGAAGGGGUGUGGGGGGAAGAAAGGCCAAUGGAGGAAGAGGGGGGGUUGUUUGUGGCAGUAGUAGAAAUGACUCGUAAUUCCUGGUAGGGUUUGGCGUGCUCACCUUAACCAGCUGGAAGUCCAGCCUAGAAGAGCUGGCAGAAACCUUCCUUUAUUCCUGUUAUAAUGUGCUUGACUCAGAGUUAGUCUAUUUGAGUCAGAGUGUGUGCUCAAGCACUGACUCAUGCAGUCAGUGCUUGUAAUCAGUACCAGGAGACUUAAAAAAAAAAAAAAAAGCUUGUAACCUUGUGAUAAACAGCUGCAGAGACAAAUUCUGUAACAGUCACUGUCGCAACCACAAUUGAUAAAAGAAAAGUCAAUUGCUUCACACGUGUCCCAAAAGAAUUACUUGGUUGUAUUCAGCCUUAUCUUAGGCUCAUUUCACUGUGUCAUUUGGACUCUCUCAUUCUUGUUUCAUGUUUAGUCGACUACAGACUACACAUCUGUAUUGUUAGUUGGUCUCAGAAUAAAUAGUCGUUUAGUAAAUUAUUAUUUUCAUGAUGGUAGGUCUCCAUUGCCCAUCAUUUGUUCUGUCUAGUCACACACCACUAGCAGGAGCCGCUGCCAUAAUACUAUAAUGCUCUAGUCCGAUGUAAACAAACACAGAUUGCAGAUGGCAUUUUGUGACAGAUUUUGGAAGUACUUUGAUUCAGGAUAAGAAAGUAGGCUACGUCUGUUUCAACUGUAAUAUAACAGACAAGACCAAUGCGUCACCCGGACAGACAUGCAGCAUAUAACCUGCACAGAGGAAGUAAGGCUAGUGGUGCUAGAUUGGUUAAUGCUAGCCACGCUUAGAAAAUCAACAUGGCCUCGCUAACCUGCAGACGCUGUAAAACUGAGAGGUUUUUAACGUUGCUUACCUCAAGACAAGUCAGUAAUUAGUCAUCCUGCAACUACCGUAAAAGCAGAAGCAGCUCAAACUUGUAACUACUAAGACUCUCCAAAUCAUAAAGCAGUGAUACUGUAUGUGAUAUAGUGGGUAGUUUAAUGCCUUAUUUAAUCUCAAAACUUGAUGUCAUAGCUGUCGCAAAGAUUUCAACCAAGUGUUUCUGAAUUAACCAUGCCCAAUCACACUUAUAUUCAUAAGCCCCACUUUUAGUCCAAGAGUUUAACAGAUUUUCAUUCUCUGCUCUGUCCAGUCAAUCUGAAAUCCCCCAUACAAUGUAGGGUUGUCAAAAUUUCCCACACUUUCUGAUACCAUGCACUUAAAGCAAUGUUAUGCUGACAGCACUGCCUUGUUGUAUCCGACUAAUCUACAGUUAAUUUCUAUCUGAAAUCACAUCCAUUUACACUCAGCUCCUCAUUUGAAACAGAAAAAAAUUACAGUAUCAUAAUUUUUUUCCAAUAAGUUGGAGCCCUACUUGACUGCUUCCAUCCCUAGGAUUUUUGAAAAGUUUGAACCAUGUUGAUUAUGCCCUUGUCCUGCUCCUUUUUUCUAAUGUCAAUCCCACUGCUGCUAGAAGUAUACAAGCUGACUGGAGUGGGCUUACAUUCAGCCUGUUUGGCUGUAUUGGAUGACUUGUGAGUCUUCUCAAAUAUAUUCAUGCCAUGUGCAAAGUGACUGACACCCUAAACAGGACAGCAACCCAUGAACUGAAGCCAACAUGUCAGCAAUCUGGACAUGAAGUGCCCAUUAGCAGAGGUGUUGUCCUACUGGAUGAUAAACAAACUCUGUUUUUUAGGACUUUCUCCUGCUCGAAAAUUUGAGUGCCCAAAUCUAUCAACACUCUGAACCUGUCUGUGAAAGGCAUGUUCCUAUGAGACAGCUGUAGCUCUGCAUGACACCAGAGUUACAAAGGGCCUCACCAGGCUCCAUGAUCAAAUGACCAGUUAUUGUUUCACAUCAGCAUUACAUAUAUGCAGGCUCCCUGUCUGUCUCCAUUUUUCUCAGUACAGUAACCCUUAAGUAUAUUAUCCCCUGAUCAUGGUGAGAAAUCUUAAUAGUCUUUGAGAGAGUGGUGGUUAAAAUUAGACCGCAUAAAGUACAGUAGAGUACUGUUCUGUAUAUUGACAAUUAAUAAUAGGUAAUUAGGUAUAAAAAAAACUUCACAGCCAAUCUAAGAGGCAAAUAAUAGCUUGUUGACAUAGUCACCUGUUGUUGGUUAAUACAUGAUCUUUACAGGAACCACAGACAAUGGUGCUGAAGAGGGCGAAAAUAAAAUUCUCAUCCUUCCUCAAAUUUUUAAUAACACAUUUUGGAAUUCAUGUAUUUGUUUAAUACAUCGUUUCUUUUGGUUUACAGGAAUACAGGUUACAAAGGUUUGGAGUCUUGGAAUUUUCUGGAAAGAAUUCAUUUGGGCCACAGUGCCGCACAAAUUUUACUUAUUGCAUCCAGAUGUUUUUAGCUGCACUGUUAUCUCUCUUCUGUGAGUGACAGUGCAUUUGGGUUGACAUACAAAGCCCAUGAAAACCUCUUCCACAUUUUAAUUUUGUUUAUGCUUUUAACGAUGAAGCACUUGAAUUUCAUCCUUUUCCCGCCAUUGUCCUUUGGAAUUUCCUGAAAAAUGCAGGUUCUACUCACACCUGCCAAUGGAGCCACUGACAGAAACUUCACCCAACUCUUUCGGCCAACAGCGUUUCUAAUAGAGGUCGUGUUUAUGAUUCUUGCAUCCAAUUCCAUCUUUGUCAAGCCACCCAAACAUUAUCAACUGAAAAUUGAUGGAGCACAGAGGUGUAAAGAGCCCCUUGACUGGUGAAUAUACGAUAGGAGCAGCUCUCUGACCAAGUAUUUUUCAGUUAUGAUCCAGUUUCCUGUGGUUUGUUCUUUUUGUAUUCUGUGCUCAAAGUCUUAACAUAAAAUUGAAAUAUAACAAACUUUAACUUACAGCUUAAAUGCCUCUCGCUACUGCUACAUUAAAACUAAAAUGUUCAGCGUCAUAUACAAGAGUUAAUAGGCUUGUGGUGCGAGCUUUGUUAAUGUUGGAAACACUGAGCAGAUCAUUCUCACAUCUCUCACCCACAUUGUGUGAUCCAUGUGUAGUUAUGUUAAUUAACUUAUGUUCAACCUUUAUGUGUACUGAUUGGUUAGUCUUAAUUUAAGGCUACGUUCACACUGCAGGUUAUGAUGCACAAUUCGGAUUUUUUGUUAAAUCCGAUCUUUCUGUGCGGUCGUUCACAUUAAAACAACAAAUGGGGCAUCUAAUGUGAACGGAAUGCGUCCGUGAAGUGACCCGCAUGCACACAAAGCACAAUUGCUUUCCGCGCCUGUUUGUGUUGUCGAAAAAUGGUGAAGUUUGUCGCAUAUUGAUGACGUAUAGGUCGGAUGAAUGCGACCUGACCGUCCACACUGCAGUCACAUCAAAUACAUAUCCGAUUUAUAUCCACAUACAAAAGAGGCCUGGGUCGGAUUUGAAAAAAUCAGAAUUGCACUGUUCACACUUACAUGAAAAAAACAGAUAUGUGUCACAUGUGGUUAAAAAGUCGGAAUUGACCUGCAGUGUGAACAUAUCCUAAGUGACUUGGAAAUAAGGCACCUCAGAGUAGCCAAUGAGACUUCGUCACACCCUCACACCUUCAUGACGUUAUAUUGAAAGGCCAUCCUUGAACUGACAGUGUAAAGAGUCAGCUUUCAGCUCUAUGUUGUCAGUUGGUUGUAGUUGGGCGUCUCUAUCUAAAAAAUGUCAGAUGGACAGGAGUUUCGACAGAAGCUUUGGAAAGGUUGGUAACUUUGACUCUUAUUGACAGACAGUUGGCAUGAUAUCAGCGUAAGAGGCUGGCAGUUUCUUCUCUGUGACAAAGUUCUGUGGCUGUUGAUAAGAAAAUCAAUUAUUUCACCCGUUCAGGGCAGUGUCUUUCAUGAUUUCACCUGCUUAUACAUGGCUGUAAGAACCAGUACUACCACACAGCUACAUAAUAAAACACUUCCUUACUCCAUUAACUUAUCAUGACCUCGUCAAAGUUAUGCUCAUAGUGUCUUUUUGCACGGCCCGCUGCACCUAUUAGCUGUAAACAUUUAAUUGGUGUCUCGAGGAUUAACUGGCAGUGUUGAACAAUGUUUGAAUGAUACCAUUAUAACAGCCCAGAUUAAUUUUUACGAGUGAUCUUGUAAAUGUAGUAUAACUUUAACAAUUUAAUCUUUGUGUUUUCCUUAGUGCCAUUUGGCCUGUGUUCACAUAUUUUUGGACUUCAUUAUUUUUACACAAUAUUUGACAGGUUUAACUUUUUAGACUGAACAAACCCAAACUUUUGGACUUUUACUGUUGCCUCAACCAGGAACAGCAGGAGUGUCUAAUAGUUUGAUUCACAAUCUGUUCCUCCUUUCUCAGCUUGCAUUCUUUGGAAGCACAACUGGGGCUUUCCCCUUAUCUGUUCCUGCAUCUAGUGAGUGUGGUUAUAUCCUUAUAACAUGUAGCUCUAGGAAGCCUUUAUUAAUGAAUCUGUACGUGACUUCUUUUUUGUUUGUUUGUUUGUUUGUUUGUUUAACCUCAAUAAUUACCUUUUAUAGUACGGUAUUUUUCUCUCAAGUAUUUCACAUAGCUGGACAGAAAUCCAAAAGCCCCCUGUGGCAAUAUUUCACUGAGCCUAAUAUUAUUCAAUCUACAUUUGUUUGGCAAGAUGUUGACUCAACUUCAGUAACUUAGUUUUUUUAUUUGUUAGUAUUAUUGGAUAGUUACAUUUAGUCAAAUGCGAAAUAAAAAGAAAAAGGAAAUUGACUAUCAAUUUCAGUGGUAUUGGCCGCAGCUGUUGAAAAAAUGUAAUCUGGUCUGAAAAGUAGAGACCCAGUGAGUUUUGUUGAAGCAUAUCUUUUGAGAUUUACCUCAUGUUUGUAGUUAAGUCUGAAUACUAUAUAAGAUGUGUUCAAUGCUUCCUCUUUUAUUCACUGUUUUACCAAAAGUUUUCCCAGACAUACCCUUUUUUGCUGUUGUGUGAUUUCCAUGACAGUUCCUAGAGUAAUUUGAUCGGCAGUGAAAAAAAUAAUUAGAUUGAGCUGCUGUUGUGACUGCAUUUUGAUUUAGUUCUCAUAGAAGACUUCUUUUUCAUAUUAAUAAGUUUUUAUGAAGUUACUUCCACUGGGAAAUUGAAUUGGGACAACAUCCUUGUACAGUUAAGUCUCAAUGACCGUAACGAAAAAUAGAAAUAUUAGGGCCAUGUCCUUUACUCACUGAUUUGAUGUACAAUUACCAUUGUACAAACUAACAUAGCAGAUACUAGCUUAAAAUGGUCAUAUGUUAGCUGUGAAUCAGCUAACAAUAUGACCAACGGGGGAGACUUGGUGUAUUCUUUACAAUGAAAAAAGGUAGUGUGUACAUAGUAUAUUGAUAUUGGUGUUGGCCAAUAUGAGUUUCAAAAUACUGGUGUAUCAGAUAUCAGCAAAAAUCCAAUAUUGUGUAUACCUGUGUGCAAUAUAUAGAGAGGAAGAUGAAGCUAUUAGAUCUGUUCAAGGCCAUCUUUUAUAUAUUAUCAAUCCUAAAACAAAAUUAUUAUUGUUAAUAUUUAUUUAUAUUGUGACUAUAACUCAAAUGUAUUGUUAAAAUGAUGAACAAAACUGCAUUUAACAGUUUUCAUUGAUUGCUUGAUAUUGAAAAGACUGUAUUUGACUUCCUGAUAAUAUUCACAUUAUGUUGUUUUUCUGGUUUGGUUUGGUUUGGUUAGGUCAGCUAUUUUUGCGUUUUCUCAUGUGACAAAAUAACAGUAUUAUAAUCAGGAAGAAAUUAGUAAAAACACCUCCUCAGACAGAAAAAUAAAAUGAGUGAUUUGUAAAUGGAGACAGUUUUUUAAAGCUCAGCUGAAUCUUUUUAAUCAAUCAUAUUGUUCAGUGUUACUUUUGACAGUUUAAGUUAGAUUAUGAUUUUUUUUUCUUAAAUCAAGAGCCGCCUUUUCUAGCUGAAAUCCUCCUAAAGCAGUUACUAUAUCAUGAAUAGUAACUAUAUAAUUUUAGAGGUUUGCUGCCGUUAGCUGGAAAACGCUCAUAGACAUUGUGUGCCUUCGGGGCUUACUUAUUUUAGUCUUAUUUGUGAGUUAUUUUAGCUUCCUGCCUUUUAAGUACCAUCUGUGUUGGCGAGUACAGUUUCUUUUCAUGUGCUGUCAUUCAAUAUAUUGGUCAGUUAGUCACAUUCUCUGCUGCAUUUCAGUGCAUUCAGAGGCCAAGGCAGUGAUCAUGUGGUGUACAAACUGUUUGCCUCUUCUCAGAAAAAUGACUCAUCAAGAGUGAGACUAGUCACAGAUCUAUACAAUGGGGUGUUUUAUCUUCCUGGCUUUAUGUAGUAUGGAUUUCAACAUACGGGGAGACUGAGACUUUUUUUUUGUUUUGUUGGUUUGAAUGUGUUAAUGUCAUGAUUGGUUCUUUAAUCCAUCAAACUCUUCCUUCCUCAAUCUAUUUUUAGUCACACGGCUCUAGUUUAUUAUUUUGACCUUGUGACUGCCUUGUCUAAACAGUAUCUUGGAUGUGACGUCCCUGGCUUCCUGGGAGAGGACAUCAUGUAGGACUGCGCACGAAACAGUGACUUUAGUCUCUUAGCUAGGGACACAGAUAUGUUUUAGAAGCGUACACGCAAAAACCUAAACCAUCAAAUCUAGAGCAAAUUAUGUAAGCAGAUGGUACAACUCUAAACAGUCAACACUCACUCUUGAAUCAAUGAACGUCAAUAGUUUAGUGGUAUCAGUGUUUCAUUCAUAAACGAAGUGAUACCUCUUAUAUCUUUUCCUGAACACGAGACAGUGGUGUUUGCAGAAAAAUAAACUCACCCUGUUGUCUUGUAAAAGGAAACAUGUCACACACUUUAAGUAUUUGCCAUAUAAUAGUUUGUAAAUUGUGUUUCUUCAGUCUGCAGUGAGUCAUCGGGUCCAAUACCUACUCCUUCAUGGCAGUUUGAGUCCUCAACAGUGAUGUCCAAUAAAUGAUCAACUAGGGGUGGGAAUCACUAGUGGCUCCACGAUACGAUAUUAUUGCAAUUUUUAACAUUUUGCAAUACAGUUAGUAUUGCGAUACAAGAUAUUGCGAUUUACACAAUUUUUUUCAACAGUUGAGCUGAUUUAGCAUUUGUCUUUCCUUUAUGUUUGUCUUAUUUACACUGUAUUUAAUUUUCAUGUAGCACAUCUUUCAAACCUUAUAUUUAUUGCACUAACUUUCUCCUGCUUUAUGAUGUCACCUCUGCCAACCUCACUAGACAAACAGUCGAUUUUAUUUUUGAAUUAUCAUAGAUUUGACUUCAUAUUAGCAAUUAACUUGCAUAAAUCAAUACUUAGUCAAUGAGACGAUACGAUAUAUCACCAAACAAAAUAUCAGGACACUAUGCUGUAUUGAUUGUUUUCUCCCACCCCUAUUAUCAACCUUAUUGUGGAUUGUUUUGUAGCUUUUGAGAGUCAUAAAAAAAACAUCAGUAUCAAAUUCAGUCCUUUUGACAACCAGUUAAAAUUUCCCAUAGUGCCUUUAAAUGGAAAGGGAAAUGCUUAAAAAAGAGUUAGUCUGUGCUGUGAGUUGUUUGAUGUCUUGAGAAAGCUGAUAGUUAACCGCAGAACAGAACCACUUUUGUUUAGACACUUUCUUAUUAUUUUAAAAACAUACCAUUACAUAAACAAAGAGAGCACAGAUUUUAAGGUUUAAGUGAAUGCAGUUGUUUGGGGAAGGGUUUGUGGUUUUUACAAGCUGUCACUUUAAUGUUUAAGCAUCACCUAAACCGUGAAAUUAGUGUGUAACUGGAUUCAAAAAGACGAUGGGAAAAAAUGAAUCCUAUGAUAUUCAAAGACUUAAGUUGAAGUGAUGAGUGAUGGAUUAAUUUCAGUCAUAUUAAAAUUUGAUAUUGAGCUUGAUGAUCAGAUAUCUUUUCAUUGAGGAUAAAGAUCAGUGAAAUUUACCAGAAAGUGUAUUCAUUGACAUUCUAAUGACACUGUGCUAUUUUAUCUCUACAGAGAGUCCAGCGAAGAGUGCAAUGGGAUCAGCAGUGCUCUGUCAGUGGAGUCUGUGCCGGGGCCAAGACUAAACUGGUGUCCUGCCAACGCCACUACCCCUGCCCCUGCUCCAGCUCCCGCUCCGGGGCCCGAGCCCACGCCCAACCCUGUUAGGAUGGGGGACGGUGUGGAUGCAGCGCAGAUGUCGGGCAGCAGCAGCCAGGGGCAGGCCCAUUCAAUGAAUAACCCUCAACCCCCAGAGUGUAUUGAUCCCAGUAGGCCGAAGCGCCAGACUAAUCAGCUGCAAUACCUGCUCAAGAUGGUAGUAAAGACCCUGUGGAAGCACCAGUUUGCCUGGCCCUUCCAUGCACCAGUGGAUGCAGUAAAACUUAACUUGCCUGUAAGUACUGACUCACAAUCAAAUUUCCACCUGGAAGCAUCUGGAGCUGCACAAAUCAUCUUUUCUUACAUGUUAUGAUUUGUUUAUUGAAGUGUGCAAAUUCUUCAUAAUUCUGCAAAGAUAAUGCAACAUAGCUAAAGUAACAGCAGAAAAGGUGAAUGUGCCGUUCAGUAUUGUACAAUUUUAACGUACUUUUGCAGCUACAGCAGAAUCGUGUUCUGAAUUUUGUUUUUAUACGUCCAUUGACCUGCCAUUGACCCAAGAGUUGAUUAGAAAGAUUAAUUAAUAUAUUUUUUUAACCACUGGCAUGCUUUGCAAAUAUCUAGUGCUUUGUGUUUUGUUUUGUUUUACAGAAGCUGAAAAAGCCAAACAGAGAACACUGAUACUUUUGUUAACAUGAAUUUCAUGCAUUUAUUGGCAAAGACAAGGGUCCAUUUUAAAUCAGGAUAAUCAUGAAAAAGAGCCGUGUUGACAAAAAUGCUUAAUAGAGAGCAAUGAUACUGACUCUUGUGUAACUUUCACAGGACUACUACACAAUAAUCAAAAAUCCUAUGGACAUGGGAACAAUCAAGAAAAGGCUUGAGAACAGUUUCUACAGGAAUGCCCAAGAAUGUAUUCAAGACUUCAACACGAUGUUUACCAACUGCUACAUUUACAACAAGGUAACAUAAUUGAAUACUUGGGUUGUUCCUACCAUGAAGUUUCAAGCGUAUUUUUCUGCUGAAUCUAAAAGUGUUUGUCUCCCUCUGCAGCCCGGAGAUGACAUAGUGUUAAUGGCUGAGGCACUGGAGAAGGCGUUCCUUCAAAAGGUCUCAGAAAUGCCUCAGGAAGAAAUUGAGAUUGUUGUCAUGACAGGGAAGGGACGUGGCCGAGGCCGGAAAGAUGCAGGUCUGUAUUAAAGCUUUUCACGUCUGUAUACAAUCCCAAUUUCAGUUCGGACACUGUAAAAAAAUAAGAUGAUUAAAACAAGUAUAGGCUCAUGCAUCUGGAAGGACACUUGUAAUGCUACCAUCCAAACAAUAUCCUUUUCUCAGGGAAGGCCAUGCAUAGUUCAACAAGUCAACCAAACCACAUUCGGCACUUGUUACAAAGGCAUAGCUCUGCAGCUGAAAAGCCCCGGGUACUAAACUUGCAUCCUUGUAGUCCUGACUUGUCACCAAUUCAAACUAUUAGGUGGAUCAUGAAACAAAGUAUACAACAAAGUAGAGCCCGGACUGUUUCUCAUUGAGAUCCUGUAGCAGCAUUUCAUUUUUAAAAUGCCAGGAUCUGGUCUUUUCAUCUCCCAAACAUUUACAGAGCGUUGUUUGGAGAUACGUGUUGCAACAUAUCGGCAAACAUCAGCCCGGUCCAAACUUUAUUUUGUUGCUGGCAUCAAAUUUAAAGCAAAAAUGUGUUUUUCAUAGAACAAUAGAAUUUCCUAUUAUGUUGCCUGAGUACUGUUUCAAAAAACUUGUAAACUGUGAAGUUGUGUUUUCAUCAAUGUUUGACAAAGCAUCCCAACUUUCCUUGUCUUGGAGUUGUGUAUAUUUUUUCACGAAUUCACAAAGAGGAUGUUUUCACCGUGUCUUGUUCUCUAGGUCUAGGUCUGAACUUAAAACCAGGGGCCAUCAUUGAUGCGUCGUCCACGACUCCUCAAACGCGUGGUCUUUCAAAUCUCUCAGCAGCACCCCAGACCAGAGCACCAGUCCAGGGUCCGCCUUCACUACCUCCCCAGCCUUUGAUGCAGGCCCUGCCGACCCUCAUGCCCCCGACGUUAUCGAGUCAUGCGCCCCAGCUUGGAGCUCCCUACUCUUUGGGCCAACCAGACGUUGCUUCUCAAGUUCCCAUCAUGACUUCUGUGCCUCCCUCUGCUCAGACCUCCCUUCCUCCAGCAUCCCUCCAGAGCCCUGCCCCUAUGCUGCAAAACCCUAUCACAAUGACCAAAGUAAGUCUGAUAAACACAGGAAAUAAAAAAGGGAACAUUUUUGACUGUGCUUGGAGGAAUUACAAAGGUGUUUUUGAUUUUUUUUCUCACAUCCUUAUCAUACAUUUCCUUACCCUUUUGCCAAAUUCUUUGUUUUUUUUUUGUAUCAAUCUCUAUCCAGCAAAGAAAGAGCCAGAAAAGAAAAGCAGACACUACAACGCCCACAGCAAAUGACCAAUUGAGCGAGUCUUCGCCAGCAGAGUCCAAAUCUGGGAAGACGCUACCCAGGCGAGAGAGUACACGACCUUCAAAACUAAUAAAGAAGGAUGCUCCAGACUCCCAGCAUCAAAUAGGCAUCGGGGUAGGACUGAGUGGACCAAGUGGAGGUCAUAGCCCAAAACCACAGGAUCAGCUCGGCUACUGUGCUAGUCUGGUUCGGGACAUGCUGUCUAAGAAACAUGCUGCUUACGCCUGGCCUUUCUACAAGCCUGUUGAUGUGGAUGCACUGGGACUACAUGAUUAUCACGAUAUCAUUAAACAUCCAAUGGACCUCAGUACCAUCAAGGUGUGUGGAUGAGUCUGACAACAAUAUCACAUGUGAGAGAGAGAGGUUUUUGUGUUGUGGCGAGUAUUUAGGACUCUUUCAAUGUUCCACAGGCUAAGCUGGAGAACAGGCAGUACCGGGAGCCCCAGGAGUUCGCUGCUGAUGUUCGAUUAAUGUUUUCUAACUGCUACAAGUAUAAUCCACCAGACCAUGAGGUGGUAGCUAUGGCACGUAAACUCCAGGUAAAUACAAAUUACUAUUACAUAUAAUACACACGCAAACACUGGUAGCUUUACUUGAACUGAUCUUUUUGUUAUGAGCCUCUAUUUUUAUAUAUAAACAUAAAGCUAUGUAGACAGAAAUAGUGGUUACUGCUUUAGCCAACAUUUUUGAUUUGAUUGAAUAUUAGAAAAAUUCUAUAUAUCAUCAACUCAGCAUUUUCUCUUGGUGUUUCUUAGUAAAUCAAAAAUACAAAGAGAAAAGUCAAAAAACUAAGACGGAAAAGAAGCUUGGGAGUGUUUGUAACUUUGCGUAAUGUUGUUUGGUACUGUAGUUUUGUCAUUAAAUAGUAGGUUUGAAAUAAUAAUCAGCUGCGAUCAGUGCUAACGGCCUUUUCGAAGCCGUUCCGGAUACGGUGGAAAUUGAGGGUUACUCGUCUGAAAAGUUUUGUCUAACAAGUUUUUUUUUCUUACCAAGGAUGUCUUUGAGAUGCGCUUCGCCAAGAUGCCAGAUGAACCCGAGUGCAAGCCUCUGGUUUCUACCCCAGCUCCUGCUCUUCACCAUCCUGCCCCUGUCAAGCCCCAGCCUCCUCUUGCCCAUGUCGCCUCCUCUUCGGACAGCUCCAGUGACUCGUCCUCUGAAUCUGAAUCCUCGACGGAUGACUCCGAAGAGGAGAGAGCCCAGAGACUGGCUGAACUUCAGGAACAGGUCAGUGAGCAGCUGAGUGUACUGACUGUCACAAACCUGUAGUCCAGCCCUUUGUUGCCCUUUUAACUGAGAGUCGGUCUCUUCUCCUCUCUUGACACAGUUAAAGGCUGUCCACGAGCAGCUGGCUGCCUUGUCUCAACCGCAAGCCAGCAAACCAAAGCGAAAAGAGAAGGACAAAAAGGAGAAGAAGAAGGAGAAGCAUAAAAAGAAAGGAGGAAUGCCUGGACUUGUAGAAGAGAUCCAGGAGGCAACACCUGUUUCACAGCUGUCCAAGAAGACAAAAAACAGUAAUAACAUCAAAGAAGUCGUACCCAAGAAGAAACAGAGGUGGGCAUUUCACUGUGUUGACUUUCUCCAUGUAAUCCAAUCAUAUAUGUAUCUUUAAUCUAUCACUGCAUAACUCAGUCUUACCCUCCCUCAGUUUAUGUUCAUCCUCUAUGACUGUGUUUGUGAAUUAGUUUAAGGGGUACCCUGUAGACUAUGAAGCAUAUGUUGAGAUGCAUUUACAUGUUUCUACUGUGUCUUUUAUAUUGUAGUAAAAAGGAAGGGAUGAAAAACAAUCAUCCCUCCAACCUACUGCCAGUUCCCAGCCUAGAGGAUGACCUGGGAGCGUCUGGGCCGUCAGCUUCAGGGGAAAAGUGCAAGCCGAUGACAUACGAGGAGAAGAGGCAGCUUAGCUUGGACAUCAACAAGCUUCCGGGUGACAAGCUCGGCCGUGUAGUGCAUAUCAUCCAGUCCAGAGAGCCUUCACUCAAAAACUCGAAUCCAGAUGAGAUCGAGAUCGACUUUGAGACACUAAAGCCUUCCACUCUACGUGAACUCGAGAGAUAUGUGUCUUCCUGUCUGUCACGCAAGAAGAAGAAAGUUACAGGUUAGGCUGCUUAGAAAACAGGCAGUUUACUUACUUUCUGGUUUUGCAGCUAAGUUUACGCAUUAGUAACGGUUAAAGUCCCCUCUGUAGAUUUGCAUUUUGAAAGUUGUUUUCUUUUUGCAGUUGAGAAGCCUGUGGAGUCCAUGGCUACCUCCAAAAAGACUGGAUCCUCCUCAGACAGCAGUGGCUCCAGCUCAGACAGCGAAGUAGAGGGCACAGGUGAUUUACUUAGAAUUUUACUGGCCAAAACCCCCAUCAUCAGAAUUAGAAAAUUAAAUGCUUUUUCUUUAUUUCACUCAAUUUCAGGAACAAUAAAGCAGCAAAAGAAAAAGAGUCAGUCGGUGAAGGAGGGGAAGAAGAUGCACUCUCACGUUCAGAGUGGCCCUGCUCAGAUGGGGCUUCAUUCCCAAGCUGCAGGACUUCAGCCCAGCAGUCAGUUGAAGCACCUUCAGCAACAGCACCAACCGUCUCCUGCAGGAUUUACUGUCCCCCCUGUAGCUCCCCUGGAAUCUUCACAGCUGCUGGAGACUAGUUUCGAGUCCCUGCCACCUUUUGGUCAGCCCCUCAUGCAUCUGUCCCACCACACAGGCAACUCCUCUUCACCCGCACCUCCACAUCUUAAUGCUCACUCUGCUGCACCAGUGUCGCCAGAGACCCACCCCUUCCUCAACCAGCAUCCCAUCCUAACAUCUCCAGGUAAAGGAGGAUUUCAGAGGCCUUUUCAGAGUCAUUCAGCCACAAAUUCAGUCGUCCAGAUCUGUUCCUGCACUUUCUUGAACAUGGAAACAAAGAUAGCAAUGUUUGUGUAAAGAAUGAUAAUUCCCCUCUGUAAACAGUCACAUUUUUUGUUGGUGUACACUUUGGAUGAACAACACUUUCCAAGAGAUAUUAUAGAGAAAUUAGAGAAAUUAUAGAAAAGUAUGGAAAUAAAUUUGAUCAAUUUCCAGGUCUUAAAAAGUAUGGAAAAUGAGAAAUAAAGUAUAGAAAAUUAUUGUUUCCAGACUUUUACCACAGUUCUAAAAUACUGUUUUCUAAAAUAGAGAAGAAGGUAUUUUCAAAAAUAAUUCUAUAAAGUAGGGUAUGGAAAAUUAUGAAAAUUACAACUGCGUAGAACCCUGAAGAGAACAGCUACUCUCAGUAGUUUUAUAACUUGAUUUAAAGCUUCUGUGAAUUUUUUUGGCAUGAGAGAAAUUGACUGAAACUGGUAAUCAUGUUUUUUUUUUUUAUACACAAAAGCAAAAAUGACCAUCACUGACAAGAUCGACAAUCUUUUAGAUUUUUAAUUUUUUCAUUUCAUUUUUAAUAUAGAAUAGAAUAGAAUAUUCCUUUAUUGAUCCCCCAUGGGGGAAUUUUUUUUUCACAGCAGCAUCACAGACAAAGUGCAAAAAUGCAGUUAUAAAUAUAAAGAUAAUAUAAGAAACUGGGGGGGUAGACUGAGCUGAGCAACUAAGGAAAGAGCCUGUUUUUACAAUCUCCACAUAAACUAUAUUCACAAUAAAUACUUCAGACUGUCUGAAGUCAGCAGGAUGCGAUUUUUUGUAACAUACUUCUAAUUAUGCAUGGUGAGAACAAGAUAAACAAUGACUGCUUUCUCCUGGGGGUGCCGAAAUUGGUUCAUGCCACAAGUUAAAGUCACAAAUUUGCUCUUGGAAAAUAAAAUGUUCAUAAAUCCUCACUUAGACAGCCUUAUAAAAUAGCUUCAUGCUUCGAUAUUUGAUGAAUUAAAUGAUUGAUUUAAUGUCUUCUCGUUUUUGCCCUGGGACUGUGUAGCCCUGCACAGUUCCAUGCCCCAGCAGCCUUCUCGACCCAGUCACAAGGCAGCCCCACUUCAUCCCAAACCCCCUCAGCAGCAACCAGCAACUCCUCAACAGCAACCCCCCCUGCAGCAGCCACAACAGCAGCAGCAGCAGCUCCAGCCCCAGCCGGCGCCUCCACCACAGCACCAGCUCCCGCCUCAGAUCCUCCAUCCUCCUCAGCCCCUGCACCAGCGGCCGUUGUCCCCUCCAACGCUCACACCCCAGGGCCUGCUGUCUUCCCAGCCUCCUCAGAUGCUUCUCGAGGAUGAUGAAGAGCCAGGGUCUACGACGCCUUUGAACCAAGUACAGUUAUACCUGCAGCAGUUCCAGCAGGCCCGCCAGCCUCAACAGUCCAUGCAAUCGCUGCAGGCGCGUCAGCAGCAGCAGCAACAACAACUACUACCACAACCAGGGCCCACUUCUCUUCUACAGUCUGUUCAGACACAGUCACAAAUCUCCCAACCCACACUGCCUCCUCCACAGCUUCCUGUUCAGUCCCAGACUCAGCCAGCCCCACAACAUCAGGGGCCAUCCCAGCAGAUGCCUCUGCACCAGGCCCGCCACAUGCAGCACAGUCAACAGCAGCCGCAGCAGCAGCCGCAACAGCAGCAACUGAACUACCAGCAGGUUCCUGGGCUGGCUGGACAGUCCCAAGGAUCACAACACAAAGUACCCAUGCCCACCAACAAAGCACAGCAGAUCAUCCAACAGCAGCAAGAACAGCCUUCCCCUCGUCCAGCAAAGGCCGACCCUUACAACCCUGGUGAGUCAGCGAGGACGAUACCAAAAUGGACUUUUUCACUCACUGCACAAGUUAACUGUUGUUUUACUCUCUCUAUUGUUUUGGCAGGUAAUGUGAGGGACAACCCUUCACCUUUAAUGAUGCAUUCCCCACAACUUCCUCAGUACCCACCUGUCUCUCACCAUUCUCCCCCUCACAACAUGCAGUCCAAAAAGGUGAGCACCGGUCUGACACAAGCGUGUGAAAACAUGAUGUUGGCGCUGCAAUGUCUCACCUCUUACUUUUCCUCUAAUGCAGCAAAGAGCCCCUGUGAGUCAAGGUGGAUUAAAAGAGGAGAAACUUCCUUUAUCACCCGUGAUGAGAGGAGAGCCGUUCAACCCUGAAAUGAGACCAGAACAUAACAAACAUCCUGAUAGCAAGCCUCCUCAACCAAGCCAUGGCCAACAGAGUGAGUUUUCUCCUUUCUUUCUCCCAGGAUUUCAAUCAAAUGUUAAUUACAAAGCUGCAUGUGAUAUUGAGGCCGUGCCUGUGUGCGUUUUCUGCUCUUGAGUAGAUGUGAAGUCCAUGGACAGCUCACGACCCGUCAUCCGCUCCUCUGAGCCUAGCGGGCCACCAUCCUCUCUGCAAGACAAGGAAAAGUUUAAGCAGGAGUCUAAGGCCCAUAUCAUCUCCAAAAAAGUACAAGUAAGUGUAACCGUCACUUUUUUUGAAGUUAUUUGGUUUAAUCCUAAAGCGCUAAAAAAAAUUGUGACCAUAUCUUUUUUCUGCUUUUUUACUUUGUCAGGAUGUAAAACUGAAGAACAUGGGCUCGUGGGCCAGCCUGGCACAAAAGUCCACAUCUACGCCCUUGUGUGCAGUAAAGUCCUCGAGCGACAGCUUCGAACAGUUCCGUAGAGCUGCCCGGGAAAAAGAGGAGCGGGAGAAAGCCCUCAAGGCCCAAGCCGAGCAGGCGGAAAAGGACAGGCUACGCAGAGAACAGGACAAACUUCGGUGAGGUUGCCAGGAAGAAAUUGGAGAAAAUAUCUAGACAGCCACAUUAUCUAUCAUGAGGAAUUAAGAGAGAAGCUUUAAUUUACUGUGUCUGCUCAACAAAACCGUCAUAGAGGCCUUUUCUUUUUUUAGCUUAUGUGCAGUUUUCAUAAUACAGUAGAAUUAUUUCACAGAUUCUGCCACAGACUCAAAAAACCCUUCAGCAUAAAGGAGAUUGUAUUGUAAAGAUAUGCCAUGCCCUCUGGUGGCCACAACGUGGAACUGCAGCAGCCUCACAGACUCAGCUGAAAGUACUGGGAGUUUUUUUCAGGCAGCGAGAACCAGGAAAUAUUUUCUAAAUUCUUUGUAAACCUUGAAUUGAAUAUAUGAAGGAUUAUUAUAUUUUUUGGACUAUAAGACGCACUUAAAAUCCUUAAAUUUUCUUGAAAAUUGACAGUGCACCUUAUAAUCCAGCGGAUUUUAUGUAUGAUUACUUGUUGUGCUCACUGACUGGUUUUAUGUGGUACAAUGUGCUCAAAAAUCUGUCGAAAUGUGAAAGUACGACUGUGUUAUGUUGUGUCACUACCUACUCGGCCCCAUAACAGGACCCCUGAGCAGUCUACAAGUUACACACUACCAACAAUAAAUCAAUCAAUGCUUAAUGUGCCUUACAAUCCGGUGCACCUUACGUGUGAACACAGACAUGUUAAUUCACAGUGCGCUGUGUAAUCCGGUGCGCCUUAUCACCUGAAAAAUAUGGUUAUUUUAUUCCCGCCAGUGUGUUUUUGAUUUACUGCUUAUACUCUCACAUAUUUAAGACAGCCAUCCAGCUGUGAAGCUCCUGUAGCAAUACCACAAGUAUCUCGCCUCACUUACUGAGACUUAUUCUGCUGUUUGUUCUCCAGAGGUCGGGAUGAAGAGGACAUCAUAGAGCCGAGCAGGAGGGUGCACAAAGAGCCACGCAGGCGUCCGGAGCAGCACAUCCAAGCUCCCGCGCAACAGCAACAGCAGACGCAGCCAGAGCCCCAGCCCACAAUUCAGCAACCUCCUCAACCCCCCACGCCACCUCAGCCUGCUGCUCAGAACCCACUAGACCAACAGAGAGAACUAGCACGUCGCCGAGAGCAGGAGAGGAGACGGCAGGAAGCGGUGAGACACUAAGUUUGAGAGUUUUUGAUACCAGUUAGCAUCUUAAAAGUUUGUAUCAGAAAUUUUCAGACGACGCCAACUAAAUGAUUCUUCUUGUUCCGUCUCGUUCCAGAUGGCAGCAACUAUUGACAUGAAUUUCCAAAGUGACUUAAUGGCUAUCUUUGAGGAGAAUCUGUUUUGAGGAGAGGAGCUACUGAAACGUAACUGCAAAAAAAAAAAAAAGAAGAAAAAACAAAUGAAAGGAUUAUGUAAACCUUCUAACGAAGAAAGAUUUGGUCACCCUGAACCACAGAGAGACCCGGUCUCUAAGUGGAUGUGGACUGACAGCCACAUCUCACUCGGCCCCGGUGGACUUGAACACACAACACACGGGGAUCAUCUCAAUGCUUUGGAUGUCAUUUCUUGGGAAUUUGGCAUUGCCUGCCUGAUAUCUCCUAACAGGAGAAAGAGGACCCCGUCGGCACUGUUGCCUUUCUUACACUCGCUUCUUACAGUGUUUGUGGGCGCAACAAUAAUUUGCAAGACUAAAGACAUCCAAAUAUGUAUGAAAUGCUCUGAUAAUGUUCUGACAGGCUGUGCAGAGGUGUUUUGAAACUGCCAGAUGUCUAUGGAUGUGAAGAAGACUGGUCUUUUUAUGUUCUGUUUUGUUUUAAUGGUUGUACGUGAACACAUGACAUGGUUGGGGGAGGCGACUUCCAUACUGUAAAUCAUGUAUAUUUCUCAGUAGAGAAGGUACAAUUUGCCUUACACCUCUUUCCUAAACAGACCAUUUUGUUCUGUGGCCUGCACUCAUGGACAGACAAUAACAUUUACAACCAGGAGAGGGAGCAGUGCAGAAACUUUUUUUCAUCAACAAGUAUCUACUGUAAAGAAGUAUUUUCUUAUACUACAAUAACUGUUUAUUUUGGAUCUUUCUUUUUUUUUUUUUUCUUCUGUAGGUCUUUGAAUCUUCACACCGACACACUCCACCAACUAUGUCUAUGCCAAACAACCCAUUAUCUUUUAUGCUAAAAUACUUUUCCUAAAACAUGGUAGGUAGCUGUUGGCAAAACAAACCCUGAAUAUAUGCAUUAUCACAGUUAAAGUGAGUAUUUAUCAAGAAUAAAUCGAUUAAAGUUUUAUCCUUUUUUUUUUUUUUUCUUAAUCAAAGCUAAAACAGGAAUUCGUUAGCAGAAGAAGGGAAAGGUCCAGCUGUUUCCGGGCUCCACUCUGAACAUGAUUUCACCACUAGUGUUGCACCAGUUAUUGUAUUACACUUAGAGACAUGAUUAACAAAAUGUCCGCGUCGUUGGCUCGUUUCUUUUGAGUAGAUGAGCGUCCUCUUGGUGUUCCUUCUGACCGUGUGCACUCUGACCUUACUUGAAGUUUUGAUCAAAUGUCAGCAGGCAGGGUGCCCAAGGAAGAGAGAGGGAUAAACCCAGGGAUAGAACCGAACCCCCUUUUAUGGUUUCACUGAAAUCAUGAGUGAAAACAGAGCUGAACGGAGCCCCCUUUUGUGUUUUUUUUUUUUUUUUUUUGAGUCAAACUGUCUUCUAAUUCACUGAGGGCACACUGUAGACGGCAUAAAAUAAAAAGACAAACCGACAAAAGUUAGGAAGCGGAAACUGCUGAAAAAAAAAACAGUUUUAAUUUUAUCUUUGUUCUUGUUCAAUAAUAGUGGAUGUGAGUUAUAAUUCUGUUCUUAGAGACAUUGGUUUGACUGGGGAUGGGUUGAAAUCUGAAUGCAUCUCGCCCUCUUUACUUGUCUCUUUUGGUGUUUUUCUCCAGUGCCUGUAUCGUAUUGCAAUUCUCGUCGGCUUAUAUUACACUCGGAGGGAGUAAAGACAGGGGUGAGUUAGGAGCGGGUGGUGUAAUAUUUGAACGGGGAGGGAGGUUUUUGAAAGAGUUUGUGUAAAAAAAAAAAACUAAUAAAAAAAAAAAAAAGGAAGACAGCAUUUUAUAUUUUACCCGGUGUCAAUAUUCGGGUUUUAAAUUUAGUUUUAGCUGGACUUCAUUGAGUGUACACACCUGACAACUUCUUUCUCUAUUUGUUCAAUCAGCAGAUUUUAGGUAGGUAUGUUUCAGCGUCGCCACACUAGCGUUUCAGUCUGGUCUGUGAGUGUGACUUUGUAAAUUUGGACGGCUGUGUGACUGCGUGUUUGUUUUCGUUUGUUUUGUUUUUUUCUUUUUUUUUUUUUUCACAGCGUGUGGUGCAGGGAGGCACGUUCCCCGAUGUAGAUAAGCAUUCUAUUGAUGAAGAGAAUAAACAGAUAAACAGUACUUCAGGAGAACUUGUUUCUGUGCUUAAGUCACCUUUUUAAUUUCUAUGAAGUCCACCAUAUAUGAGUAUAGAACUUUUAUUAUUAGACUGGUUUUGAAAGGGUAAAAAAAACGCAUAAUUUCAUUCCUUUUUAGCCUUUUUUUUUUUCUUUUCAUAAUAACUGUUGGACAUAACGUGCCAUGAGUUCCACAGAGAAUGUGCUGACCCGCAGCUCAGCCCAGAGUUUGCUUUAUUCAGGUAUUUUAUUUUGUGUUAAAUUUGUUCUGUUUUGGGGGUUUUGUUGAAACAUUUUCCUCGAUUUUUGUUUGGUAUGUGAGUGGUCUAUCGAGGUCUUUGAUUCAGUCUGUUAUGAUCAUUGAAUAAACUCAUCUGUUUUAUAGAAAAUAAAAAAAUAAACUAAACUCA